GCUAGGGCCCGGCGGGAGGCGGGGCCGGGCGGGGCGGGACGGGCUCGCGCGGUGGCAGCCGCGCGCGGAGCUAGGGGGAGCGAGGCUCUGUGGCGCCGGUUGGGAGCCGCGCGCCCGGCCGUCGGGGCCGUCAGGGCCGUCGGGGCUGCGUGAGCCCCGCGGCGGGCGCUGGCGGGGGCGGUGAGGGCUGCCCCCGUCGCCUGCCUUCCCUUCCCCUCCUACUCCCGCCCGGCCCAGCCCGGCUCCGCUCGGCUCGGCGCUGUGAUUGGGCGGAAGAUGGCGCUGGGCGGAUGGAAAUCCUAAUGACAGUCUCCAAAAUCGCCUCCAUCUGUACCAUGGGCGCCAAUGCCUCAGCUUUGGAGAAAGAGAUUGGUCCGGAACAAUUUCCAGUCAAUGAGCACUAUUUUGGUUUGGUGAAUUUUGGGAAUACAUGCUACUGCAAUUCAGUCCUUCAGGCACUUUAUUUUUGUCGACCAUUUCGAGACAAAGUCUUAGCAUACAAGAGUCAACCGAGAAAAAAAGAGAAUCUCCUUACAUGCUUAGCUGAUCUCUUCCACAGUAUAGCCACCCAGAAGAAAAAAGUUGGAGUAAUACCUCCCAAGAAAUUUAUAACCAGAUUACGAAAAGAAAACGAGCUUUUUGAUAACUACAUGCAGCAGGAUGCACAUGAGUUCUUAAACUAUCUGUUAAAUACAAUUGCGGAUAUCUUGCAAGAGGAAAGAAAACAAGAGAAACAAAAUGGUCGCCUACCUAACGGCAACAUUGACAAUGAAAAUAACAGCGUGCCAGACCCAACCUGGGUUCAUGAAAUCUUUCAGGGAACAUUAACUAAUGAAACCAGAUGUCUUACAUGUGAAACUAUAAGCAGCAAAGAUGAGGACUUCUUAGACCUUUCAGUUGAUGUGGAGCAGAAUACUUCAAUUACUCAUUGUUUAAGGGGUUUCAGCAAUACAGAAACUCUCUGCAGUGAAUACAAAUAUUACUGUGAAGAAUGUCGCAGUAAGCAAGAAGCACAUAAAAGGAUGAAAGUAAAAAAGCUGCCUAUGAUUCUAGCUCUCCAUUUGAAGAGAUUUAAAUACAUGGAUCAGCUGCAUCGAUACACAAAACUCUCUUAUAGAGUAGUUUUUCCUUUAGAGCUUCGUUUAUUUAACACCUCAGGAGAUGCCACCAAUCCUGACAGAAUGUAUGACCUUGUUGCUGUGGUAGUUCACUGUGGAAGUGGCCCUAACAGAGGACAUUAUAUUGCAAUAGUGAAGAGUCAUGAUUUUUGGUUGCUUUUUGAUGAUGAUAUCGUUGAGAAAAUCGAUGCACAAGCUAUUGAAGAAUUCUACGGGUUGACAUCAGACAUCUCAAAGAACUCUGAGUCUGGUUACAUCCUCUUCUAUCAGUCUCGGGACUGAGGGGAAACUGUAGUGAAGAGAGAUUUUUUUAUGCCUCACAUCUUCUCUAUCUUGGAAUGGAGCAAGCACUGAAAAAGAGGAAAGCAGGGAGCUCCAGGAGCAGUAGCACAGUUUGCACACAACUAAGCAAAGAGUUUGGGAUUCUUAAAACCUUUGUAUCAUUUUCAUUUUAUUUGCUCAGGUAUCAUGCUGACUACACAUCUCCACUGCAUCCCAUAAGCAAAAAGAGAGAUACCAGCCACUCUUGCAGGAGCUUUCCGUUAGGUAAUAUUAUCUCUGUGGUCCUAAUUCAAAGCCCAUUAAGGUCACUGGAGAACCUUUCAUGGACUUCAGUGGAAUUUGAAUCAGGUUCUAACUGCACUGCCAGAUUGGUGCAAUAGGAGCAUUAAAAAUCUGUAUUUUAUACAGACUUUGUGUAUCAAAGGAAAAGGACUCUUUGUGAACUUAGUUUCCUGUGCUUAAGUUUAAAAGAAUGAGGUUGGAAGGGUUAACGUGUAAGCAAGAAGAUAUAUCUGGGCCCAACACAAUUGCCUUCUUGAUGGUAGUAGUUUAACUGAAGAUAUAAACUGGUGUCAGGGAGGCAAGUAUGUUUUGCUUCUCUGAAGAAGCUUACGUUAUUUAUAAUGUAUGAUCGGGAACAAUCAGUCAAGAUUAUGGCUUUUAAUCUCCGUAUGGGGAAAGAUUUGGUUUGUAAUAGUUUAUUUUUAUUUAUAAAUUAUUGUAACUUAGGAUCUUGUGUAUUGUCCUUUAUUCUAACAAGUAUUGGAAAUUUUAUAUAUUAAUUUGAAUUAAAACUAAUUAUGUUUAAAUGUUAAAGAAGAGCCAACAUAAAUUCUAAAAACAAUGUCUAUAAUAUCUGUAAAAAAGGAGUAACACAGAAGAGAGAUUUCCUUCUGGAGGAACUGGUAUCUAAGUGAGGUACUUUAUUUAAUUAAAUUAGAAUAUCCUCUUUGCAUUAAUGGAUGAAAAAAAGUGAUCAAACUAUGACAUAGAAGACUUUAAGAAUGCAUAUCGUAAGAAAAUGAUGGUGCAGUGGUGGUAUACUGGUCAUUAUAGUUCUUUAAUAAAUUGUUAAUGGUUCAUACGCUAAGCAAAUUAGAAUGAUUUGGAUCAAAGUAAACCAUUUUAAGAAUAUUAUUCCCUCUCCUAAAAAUGGAUCCACUUCUGUUCCCAGUUACAUGGGAACAUCUCAAAAACCACUCAAGGUCUCAAGUGUAAAUUACAUCUGAGUAAUAAGAAGGAAUAGGCUUGGAAUUUCAUGAGACUGAAGAUACCACAUUCCUUUAAAAGUAAUAAUACUCAAGUCCUGUAGAUUGAAAAUUUCUGAAACUAAGCAGUUUCCUUUGCUUUAGCUCUAUGAAACAAUACCAUUAGGAAUUAAACCUUGACAAAACACCUGAUCUGUAAGAAAUGUGAACUACUGUGAUUUGUCAUUCUUCCACUUACCAGUACGUUGUCUGACAGUAGCUGAAUGUAAUUUCUGGAAAGUCAUGGGAUGUGCAUUCCCAAUUAUGGCAAUCAGGUCUUGGAUGUCCUUGUCACUCCCUCUUCAGCUAGUGAUUUUUACAUUAUUGUAAUUUUCUAAGGUUAUUUUAUUGAUACUGUUACAGCUUUUAAAAAGAAUGUCUCCUGUCUGCUGCUAUAACUGACUAUUUACUUACCUGUAUCUUUCAGCUCAGGAAAUGACUUCACCUAUUCACUCAGUUGAACAAAUCUUUAACAGGGUCACUAAAGAAAUUGGGCUACUUAGCAACUGUCAUACUGUAACAAAUUGCUUUUGUAAAAUGCAAAGUUUCUACAGCCUUGGUUUGGCUAGAAUUCUUUUAUAUAAAAUUAUGUAUCAUGAUUAAACUACCAGCAUUGUAAAGUAAAGCUUAAAUAUUGUGGGAGAUGCAGAAAACAUGAUUGGAUUUUUUGUAAAGGAUUAAAAUAAUUUUAAAACCUUUUUUCAGCUUUCAGUGGGAAAAGGGUUAAGGGGUGAAUCAGUUGGAUAAUGGUGCAUGUUAGAAGGAUGAAGUCCUUUGCAUACUAAAGGUACAGUGUUGUAAAAGAACUGUCACGUUACUUUUUGCUAAUUGGAAAUGUUUGGGUUUUGGUUUUUUUUUUUUGUGUAGUUAAAAGCUGAGGCUAGUUGCUGAGUAUUUUAUACCGUAACAAAAUUUAAAACAUUUUCAUUGUUUCACUAGUUUUAUUCCUGCAAUGUAUUUUUAUAAGAUACUGACUUUUAUUUUGUAUAGGGUUUUUGACAUAGUAUUCCAAAUUAUAUAUUUCAUUUUUCUUUUAGUGCAGCUGAAAUAAUUGUAAGUUCUUAAUUAAACUGAUAACAGAAACGGCAACUUAAAGAAAAGAGGCAGGGAAGUACAAAAUAUAACUGAUUGGUAUGUAAAACAUUAUAGGAUUUUUCUUGGCUGUAAUACAUUGGGGAGUGUGGGAGAGUUGUCAGUUGUUGUAAAUGGUGGAAAUUAUUUGCUGUGUAACUAUGUAAAUGUUAAUUGGGACUACAAUCCCCUAUUUUGUAUAUUGGAGCAAAAAAACCUUCUAUUAAAUAAAGUAUGUUCUCUAAAGGUAAGUACUGUAUCCUUUGUGGAGCCUGCAUGGUCAGUCAGCUGCCUUUUGUGCUUUUCAGUGUUUUCAAACCUAAAAAGUAUCUGGAAUUUCCUGUAUUAAGUUAACUGCCCUGAGCCGCGGAGGGGGAAGUGGGUUUAAAUACACUGCAUUAUAUAUCUUUCUAGAUGUGUUGUUAGGAAAAUAGUUUGGCGGAGCCAUGGUUUUGGUGGUGUACUUCUCUAGAAUUAGUUUUUAAGUGAGUUGUUGAUUUCUGAGGUAGAGGAGAAGGGAGUGUUUUGAAAUAUUGUUCUUUCUUGACUUCCAUUUCCUCAAAAAAAAUCUGUACCUUGCUAUAAAAUACGCAGUUGAGUUACCUAAGGGAUUUCUUGGAUCGCCACCUUGCGGGAGGGAAAACAGGAGGAAAGAAAAAUGGGAGUGUUUACAGCACUAACAUAAUAGAGAGACUGACCAAAGAACGGGAGCCCAGCAUCAGAAGGAAAAGAUGCAGCUGGUUAUAAUAUCCAUGUAUGAUUUGGUAUCGUGUCUGCUUGUAAUGAAUAUAUAUACUUAGAGUUUUACAGCAGUUCAUACCCUGCCAGAUUUGUAGCAGUGACAACAACAUCCACAGCCUUUCAUUGCACAGAAAUAGUGACUUUUAGGUGUUCAGGUACAUUUAUGAAUGGUUAAACUGAAUUGUGUUUUCAUAAGUUUGUCAUAAAUCAGAUUGCCUUUAUUUAGGUGACAUUAGAUAUUAGCACGUAGGGAUUUGAUGCCGCUUCAGGUCUUCUGCUGUAUCCUUCGCCAUCUGCAUAGGGCUGGCAGGUAUAGCACAAGAUGCGCAGAGGAUCUGCAUCCUUCUGGAGCAGCAGGCUGAAGCCAGGCAGGACAUCCUGGCUUGUGCCCCGUGUCUCUGUCUCAGUGUUUCCACAAGCAUCACUGCAUAUGCACGAUUUGGAUCACAUACAGAUGAAAGUCUGUAUUGCUUGGUUACUUUUUUGUGGUGAUGUUUGUAAAGUUUCAAACCAGAAGUAUCUGAGGCCUCUAGUUAUUUUCAUAAUUCCCUUAUUAAAAUUAAAGGAACUCUACCUUGUGCUGUUUGGUCCGGUCUCUCAGCUGUAGGUGUAAGGUGAUCACAUAUAGUCUUACUAUUAAGCUCAUCCUUGUAACUAAAAGAAAUUUUGAUAUGUGAAAUCUUCAGUCUUCAUUUACCAGAGCUGACUUAGCUUUGUUUCCUCUUACCUUUUUCUACAGAAAUUUCCAGUUGCACUUACCAGAACAAUCUUAAUCAUGUACGGUUAAUGUAAUAAACAGAUCCUCAUAACAUUCCUCCUAACUUUCUUCAUAACUGCUCAUUCAAAAUUAGUGGUUGUCCUUUAGCAUACUAUACCUCCACAACAUGGAUUAUAAAAGAACAGGGAUGAACUCUCUCACACACAAAGCUUUGUCUACUUUUACACGUGAAGAGGUGACGUCUUUUUCUCUGUUACCUGCUGACUGUGGGAUGGCAGAACUCAGCUUGGGCUGGAAGACUGAGAGUGGGAGCUUUUAGAAAGUGUUGAAAACAAAUCAACAACUAAGGAUGCCAAAAAGGGUCGGGUGGUGGUUUGGGGGGUUUUGUUUGUUUGUUUUGGGUUUGGGAUUUUUUUCAUUGUUGGCUUAGUUGUUUUGUGGGUUGUUUUUUUUUUUUUUUUAAAGUUGCCUGAGAGCAGUUAUUUGAAACUGUAUUUAUAGAUUAAACCAGCAUGCAUCUCGUCAGUUAGCCUUCUCUCUGUAAGAGGAGAAAACCUCAUUUCAGUACAUGUUAAUAAUCUGUGGCUGCAGUAUUACAUUGCAGAUACUUUUGUGACUUUUUUCCAAAAGUUUAAAUAAUCUGGAUAGGGUUUGCUUUUUGUUUUUGUGGCUUUACAGUGUAAGGUGUCAACUUUUCCUUUUCCCUCCACAUUUGUCUGGGUUGAUCUUAAAUUUGUGCAUCUUAGAAAUUUGGUCUUUGUUUUCGCUCUUGAUAAUGCAAUAUGCACAUUUUAUGGUUUCUGUCUUGUAAGGCUUCAGAGUCCUCUAACCUCUCACAGCAUAAUGUGAGAUGUAUAAUACAUUAGUCUCUUUACAUGCAAGCUUCCAAGAACUCAGUUAUUACUGAAAUUAAUAUUCUACGUAAUCUGUAUUCAAGGGUUGUUCAUUUUGCAGCAGCUUUGCUGAUUGAUUGUUAUAAAUGAACUACACAAGUGAACUACUGUGCAAAAAACCACAGGCUUCAUCUUUACAGAGAUCCCUGGAAUCUAUUGUUUCCAGUUUUAAGCAUAGAGUGUGGUGAGGCAGAAAUAAACUUUCUUUGGUCUAUAUUCAAAAAUGUCUGCAAAAUUGUCUGCCUCUUACCUUUUUUUUUUUUUUAAAGUCAGUUAAUUUUUAGGCUAAACCUAAGAAAACCUAUUAUGGUUGAUAAAUCCCUUUGGAGGAACUUGUGUAAGAAUAUGUUGGAUAUAUGAGGAGGAUUGUUUGCAGGCAUCACCAGUUUUGAAAUGAACUGAGUAAUAUCCUCCAGUUUCUCCCCCAAAAUACAAACAGAUUACAUUCUCUCGUUCCCUCUAAUGGCUUGUGAUUGCUGCCUGCAUAAGAGAUUGCAAGGGCACAGAAAAGGGCAAGGUACUUUCUAAGUAGCUCUUUGUAUAGAACUGAUGUUGACAGCAUUAGGGAGCUUUAAUUACAGAAGGAUCAUCAGUCAUGUCCUUGAGCUGCAUUCCGCAGGUUAUGCAAUCCAGGAGAGAAAACGCACAGCAGGAUCUCUCGGAGAAUAUGGAGAAGUAACUUUACAGUUAUUUAGUAACAUGCUAGAUAGAAAAGCAGCAUUUCCUAAAAGACAGAAUGUUACAUUUAAUGCGAAUUGCUGGUGUUUGGAGAAUUUCGGGGGUGCUCAAAAAUCCUGCCAGUCUAGGCUUUUUGUUGCUUAUUAAAGAGUCCUGCAUUUGUGUGUGUGUUUAAUUUGCUCUUUGAGCCUAUAUUUAAAAUUUUCAUCUGUACACAAAUUUGUUCGGUUGACAUGAUUGUAUUAAUGAGUGCUCCUCCAG